CCCUGGCUGAGAUCUGGGACCGAUAACGCCCCCGGGCCGAGUGCCCCACGCCGAUAUUUGGAGGCGAGCGGUGCGUAGGGAUGGGCGAGCCUCUCUCCGUGUCCACACACCCACAGGACGCUCCUGAUGGAAGACUCUGCGGGGAGAGCUUCUGACGGAGCCCUUUCACGUGGAGAACCGCAGCAGGCGUUACCGGGACUCGUCGGAGGUGGGCUUCUUGCAGCAGGAGCCUCGCGAGGGCCAGCAUGGCCGUGAGCAUGGACGAUGACGUGCCCCUCAUCCUCACCCUGGAUGACAGCGGGAGCAACGCCUCGGCCCCGCUCGACGACCUGGAUCGGGAGGAGCUGCCCAAUGAAAAUGGAGGUAGCUAUGACGUUCUCCACGAUGCCUCCAGCCCUGCUGCCGGGGACUGCUGCGCGCAGCAAAGCUCUGCCCGCCACAACUGGGAAAUGAACUACCAAGAGGCAGCCAUCUACCUCCAGGAAGGAGAAAACAAUGACAAGUUCUUCACUCACCCCAAAAAUGCCAAAGCACUUGCUGCCUACCUCUUUGCACACAAUCACCUUUUCUACCUGAUGGAGCUGAGCACGGCACUGCUGCUCCUGCUGCUGUCUCUGUGCGAGGCGCCAGCUGUUCCUAUGCUCCGCCUUGGCAUCUUCGUCCACGCAACCCUGGAGCUGUUUGCGUUAAUGGUGGUGGUCUUUGAGCUCUCCAUGAAGAUGAGGUGGCUGGGCUUCCACACCUUCAUUAGGCACAAGAGGACGAUGGUGAAGACUUGCGUGCUGUUUGUGCAGUUCAUCGAGGCCAUCGUGGUGUUGGUGCGCCAAACCUCGCACGUCCGCAUCACGAGAGCCCUGCGCUGCAUCUUCCUGGUGGACUGCCGCUACUGCGGUGCCGUCAGAAGAAACCUGCGACAGAUCUUCCAGUCCCUCCCACCAUUCAUUGACAUUCUUCUCCUCCUGCUUUUCUUCAUGGUGAUCUUUGCCAUCCUGGGUUUUUACUUGUUUUCUCCUAACCACUCAGAUCCGUACUUCAGUACCUUAGAGAACAGCCUCGUGAAUCUCUUUGUACUUCUGACCACUUCAAAUUUCCCUGACGUGAUGAUGCCAUCUUAUGCCCGGAACCCUUGGUCCUGUGUCUUCUUCAUAGUGUACCUCUCCAUUGAGCUGUACUUCAUCAUGAACUUGCUUCUUGCAGUAGUGUUUGACACGUUCAAUGACAUUGAGAAGAGGAAGUUUAAGUCUUUGCUGCUGCACAAGCGCACGGCCAUACAGCACGCCUACCGCUUGCUCAUCACCAAACAGAGGCCGUCUGGAAUUUCCUUCAAGCAUUUUGAAGGGCUGUUGCGGUUUUACAAGCCUCGGAUGUGCACCCGAGAGCGGUAUCUCACUUUCAAAGCACUGAAUCAAAGUAAUACUCCGUUACUCAGUCUAAAGGAUUUUUACAAUUUCUAUGAAGUUGUUGGCUUAAAAUGGAAGGCAAAACGAAAUCGCGAGCACUGGUUUGAUGACCUUCCCCGGACAGCUUUCCUUAUUUUUAAAGGCAUCAACAUCCUCGUGAAUUCCCGCGUGUUCCAGUACACCAUGUAUACUGUGGUGGCUGUGAAUGGAAUUUGGAUUCUCGUUGAAACCUUCAUGCUGCAAGGAGGGAAUUUCUUCUCCAGAAACGUCCCGUGGAGCUACAUAGUCUUCCUCACAAUUUAUGGCGUGGAGCUGCUCCUGAAAACCACUGGGCUGGGGCCUGUCGAGUACCUGUCCUCAGGCUGGAAUCUCUUUGACUUCUCAGUCACCCUGUUUGCUUUCCUGGGGCUUAUGGCGCUGGCGUUUAACAUGGAGCCGUUCUACUUCAUCGUGGUCCUGCGACCCCUCCAGCUGCUGAGGCUCUUUAAAUUGAAGAAACGCUACAGGAAUGUCCUGGACACCAUGUUUGAGUUGUUCCCCAGGAUGGCCAGCCUAGGUUUAACCCUGCUGAUCUUCUACUACUGCUUUGCCAUCGUCGGCAUGGAAUUCUUUGCUGGUGUGGUCUACCCAAACUGCUGCAACACAAGCACUGUGGCAGAUUCCUACCGCUGGGUGAACCACACGGUCGGCAACAAGACGGUUGUGGAAGAAGGCUAUUACUAUCUCAACAACUUCGACAACAUUCUGAACAGCUUUGUCACCCUGUUUGAGCUGACGGUUGUCAAUGACUGGUACAUCAUCAUGGAAGGGGUGACAUCUCAAACCACUCACUGGAGCCGCCUUUACUUCAUGAUCUUCUAUAUCGUGACCAUGGUGGUGAUGACCAUCAUUGUGGCAUUUAUUCUGGAGGCUUUUGUCUUCCGCAUGAACUACACACGGAAGAACCAAGACUCAGAAGAAGACAACGGCAUUGUGCUGGAGAAGGAGGUCUCCAAGGAGGAAGUGGUCGGGAUAAUUGAGCUGUACAAGCGGAGUUCAGCUGCCCCUGAAACUGCUCAGCUGCAGAAAAUCGUUUUGCAGAUGGACAAGUAUGGGCAAAUGUCAACCACGUUUCUGGGACGCAGAUCAAGGACCAAGAGUGAUUUGAGUAUGAAGAUGUAUGAGGAGGAGAUACAGGAGUGGUAUGAGGAGCACUCCAGGAAAGAAGAAUCCCAGGCACCAUCGCAAGAGUCUGCGUCUGCUUCCAACAGCUCUCUGAAGCCCCUGAGCCUCCGGCAACGCUCCCAGACUGUCAUUUAGGCCUAGCUAACGCGAGCUGCCUUCUAUGCAAUAACCUAGAGUAUUACUUCACAGCGUAUAUAUUGGGGUGGUGUAUAUAGACCUGUUCCACGUGCUGGUUGGCUUUAGGGUUAAAAGCUCUUCCUCUAAGCAGUGAAUCCCUGAAAAAGCAGGGGGACUCCGUGUGAGACUGCUGCAACCAGGGUGAGCGUGAUGCCCACGCUCGGCACAGAGCAUCUCGGACAGAACAGCGACUUCUCCCUCCGAGCUGCUUCCCAGGCUCGAGCCUGCUGUUUGUCUCCCCACUAACAGACCUGGGGGAAAGGGACGUGUAAUCCAUUAACAGGAAGAAAUGUGCUUAAGCCACCUGCUUACUAUUUAAAAGAGGGGAAAAAAAUCACCCUUUUUGAAGGUCUGCUUCGCUUAAAGGGUACCGUUAACCUAGGAAUAAAAGAAGGGGAGUGGAUU